CAGUGCCUCUCACCUCCGAGUAUAUAAGAGCGUCGCUUGCCCCUCCAGCACACACAACCCCGCAGAAAUGAAGCUUGCCGUGUUUGCUGCCCUGGUCGGUGUGUGCGUGGCGGCCAAGCUGCCUGGCCACGUGGACGGCGGUCACGACCACCACCACGACGACGCAGGGUUCGUGGAUCAGGGCAGCGCCCAGGUGGCCUUCGAGCAGCCAAGGUCCCACGAAGCGCGCCCCGUCGUCGCUAUCCUGUACGACGACCGCGUGGCCCCCGCUGGUGGCUCUUACGUCACCAACUUCGAGACUGAGGAUGGCGUGAGGGUCUCCGAGAAUGGCCAGCCAGGAUCACAGGGACAGAGCAACGUGGAGGGAUCCUACUCGUUCUCUGACCCUGACGGCAACCUGGUGGAGGUUCGCUACGUGGCUGACGAGCUUGGCUUCCGCGCCGAGGGCCCCUCCGUGCCCACGCCCCACCCUCUGCCCGCCCACGCCCUCCAGCAGAUCGCCUUCGCUGAGGAGCAGCUUAGACUUCGCGCCCAGGGAGGUCAAGAGCCACAGUUCCAGUGAGACGGCAGGACCCUCACACCUCAGCAUCCUGUACUUUUAAGCUCCUAUCACUCAUAAGGUUCUCUGAUAACUUCACCUGAAGGCUACCUGUCCCGUACCCUCCCCUGAUGUUACGUUACACCUGUGUUAUCCUUUCCUUUUACUUUUCCUACCCUCCAUCUCCUCACUCAUCCUCUAACGGCCUGGUUGCGUGUCGUUCCAGUUAGCCUUUACUCCCCUCCCUAUGCUCCUCUUUUCGUUGCCUCGCUGAAGAGGUGGUAGACGGAUCAUUAGUCUCAGACCAUAAGGGGAUCUGCCACGUUUAUCUGGAAGUCCCAUGACAGCUCUGGGGACAAGGCGAGGCAGGUAGGUGAUGCAAGCGAGGCAGGAGAAGUAAGGGAAACAUGGCGGCGUACACACACACACACACACACACACACACACACACACACACACACACACACACACACACACACACACACACACACACACACACACACAGAC